AGACUCGCAUGCUUUUUAUUUAUAAACAAUUUUAAUUUAUUUCGAAACAUGCCUGUGGAUUGCAAGGCAAAAUGUGGCAACAAGGCUACCUUAAAGCGCCCCAAAACAGGCGAUGCCCUGUGCAAGGAAUGCUUCUUUGCUGCCUUCGAGGCGGAAAUUCAUCACACCAUUAGUAGCAGCAAGUUGUUCCGACGAGGCGAGAAGGUGGCUGUGGCAGCCAGUGGUGGCAAGGACUCUACUGUGCUGGCACAUGUCUUAAAGCUACUCAAUGAACGUCACGACUACGGACUGGAUUUGGUACUCUUGUCUAUAGAUGAGGGCAUUACAGGAUACCGAGAUGACAGUCUGGAAACAGUAAAGCAAAAUCGCGAUGACUAUAAAAUGCCGCUUAAAAUUCUUUCAUACGAGGAGCUCUAUGGCUGGACUAUGGAUAGGAUUGUGGCGCAGAUAGGUCGCUCCAACAACUGCACGUUUUGUGGAGUUUUUCGUCGUCAAGCAUUAGACAGAGGUGCCAAGCUCUUGGCCGUUGACAGCAUUGCCACCGGUCACAAUGCGGAUGACAUUGCUGAAACAGUGCUGAUGAAUAUUUUGCGCGGCGAUACGGCAAGAUUAAGGCGAUGCACAGAUAUAAGAACGGGUGGUAGCGAGGAUUCUAUACCACGCGUAAAGCCGCUGAAGUACAGCUAUGAGAAAGAGAUUGUCAUGUAUGCGCACUACAAGAAGCUGGUCUACUUCUCCACUGAGUGCGUCUUUGCACCGAAUGCUUAUCGUGGGCACGCCCGCGCUUUUCUCAAAGAUCUGGAGAAAGUGCGACCUUCGGUGAUCAUGGACAUUAUAUACUCUGGCGAACAGCUAAGGUUUAAAGACACUGUUAAAAAACCUGUGCGUGGCAUUUGCGAACGCUGUGGUUUUGUGUCCUCACAACAGCCUUGCAAGGCAUGUGUGCUUCUGGAAGGACUCAACCGAGGACUACCCAAGCUGGGCAUAGGCAAGAAAUCUAAAGGCGAUCGCAUGAUUGCCCAACAGAACAAAGAACUAGCGCUGCGAGAGCGUGCAAAUAUAGUAAAAAACGAUUUUUGA